UUCUUUACAGGCAACACAAGGACACCAUCAAGGCGUACUACCGGGGUCCUGAGCCGACUCAAGCAACACCCUUCCAAGAUGGCAGCCAACGGUAGCAGCACGGCUAGCAAGUCUAGUAACAAUGCUGGGGGAAAACCAACUGGGCCGACGGCCGAACAGGUGGUGGGGAACUUCCAGAGGAUGCGUCAGGAACAGCGCGGCAUGGCUUCCAAGGCAUCCGAGUUUGAGAUGGAGAACAACGAACACAGCCUAGUAAUUGAAACCCUUAAGGAAGUUGACCCUUCCAGGAAGUGCUUUCGUCUAGUAGGGGGAGUGCUUGUGGAGAGGACAGUGAAAGAGGUUCUGCCUGCAUUGGAAAACAACAAAGAACAGAUCACCAAGAUCAUAGAGACCCUGUCCUCACAGAUGCAGACCAAAGGCCGUGAACUCACGGAGUACAGGGAAAAGUACAACAUCCGAUUGGUCGGAGAAGGCGAGGGAGAGGGCCAAUCGGCAGACUCCAGGGACAGUGAGGGCGGGGCUUCGAAAGGCGGUACUGGUGUUCUGGUGUCCUAGAUUGUGGACAGACACAUCGGCACUGGAGGAGGGGGGGGGGGGAUCCAGGAUAUUUUCUGCUAUGCCAAAACAUGGUUGAGACGCAUUAUAUAUGUUUGUCAUUAGGGCUACAUUUUUACACAGGAUAUCACAGAUGCAGAUAUGUUUGAUUAUUUUGGUUGGAUUUGGUACAGGUUGCCAGCAUUCAAAGAUAACCGAUUUAGAAGCAACAACCACGAAUGCCAGAUAUAUUGUUCAAAACAGUGAGCUACAUGUUCAACCCCUGUUAGCUUGCUAUUGUGUGCGUUCAAUGUUGGCAACUUGAAGAGGGUGACGGUUCCAAAACACUUUUGUGAAAUACCAGAGAAAGUCUUUUGAGUCACAAACCUCCCAAUAUA